UUUGCGCGUCUUCAGUGCGCCUGUGAUGCGGGACGUGCGCCAAACGUCCCCAAACUACGCAGGAUUACGGCAAGAAAAAGAAGAGGAAAAGUGGACCCCCGCGUGUCACGCUGGCCGAUUAAGCGUGGGUACCAGUGCGGGCCAAGCCGAGCGUGUGGACGGACGCUGAGGCGGCAAUCCCCGACCCAAGUCGCCAGCUGGCGGCGCGAAAGAGGCGGCAAGCGGAGAUGUCGACGGACAGCGAGCCCUCGGAGCUUUUUUAAGGCAGCGGAGAUGCGCUAAAAUCGGAUUCACUGCAUGUGCAGGUUCCUGCUCUCCACCCCUACUCAACCUCUUCCUUCAUCUCUCCUGUUGUGAUCGGAGGCUGAGGCGAGUGGAGCAGGAUGUGGGCGAUGCUUUCCACAAGGGAUGCUUUGUGGCUUGGCUGAUGCUCCGAAACACCCGUUGCAUGCAUUGAUUUCCAGAGGAAGAGCAGCCUAAUAGGACGUCAGCACCUGUUCUCUCAGCUCCUCACCUGCGAGUGGCCCCGGAAUGACGCCUUGAGGUCUGCCCUCCCCCGCAAAACGCCGAACGAGGUUCCAUCUGGGAUGUGGACAGGCCCCCUCGCAGUGGUGCCACUCUGAUCUGGGAUCAUCUGGGUGUUCGAUGGCCUGAUCUCCACAUCAAAACAGUUGGGGGCCUUUCUAGUCAAGUCUUCAGACAGCUCUUUUGACCGAGCGAUGAUGCACAUCAGACGAUGCUUCUCAUCAAGACAUUUCAUACCAGCAUCCCUCACUGCACGAUAGCACAUGGAUUUCAAGACCUCAAAUGAAGAGACAAAGACUGGGAUUUAUUUGAUGCAAGAAGGUAAUGAGGAGCCGUUUAAUAUCCGACUGCACUUGGCUAAAGAUAUUCUGACCAUUCAGGAGCAAGAUGUCAUCUGUGUUUCAGGAGAACCUUUUUAUUCAAGCGAGAGGACUGUAACAAUCCGGAGACAGACCAUCGGAGGGUUUGGCCUCAGCAUUAAGGGUGGUGCCGAGCAUAAAAUUCCUGUGGUGGUAUCCAAAAUAUCCAAAGAACAAAAAGCUGAACUCUCUGGGCUGCUUUUCAUUGGCGAUAGUAUCCUCCAGAUAAACGGAAUCAACGUGAGAAGCUAUCGCCACGAGGAAGUGGUUCAGGUGUUAAGGAAUGCUGGUGAAGAAGUGACCCUCACUGUGUCUUUCCUCAAGAAGACCCCAGCAUUCCUCAAAUUGCCUCUUAGUGAGGACUGCAUUUGCAUCCCUAGCGACCAGAGCAGUGGGACCUCAUCUCCUUUGUGUGAUAGCGGCCUGCACUUGAACUACCAUCCAAAUAACACGGACACGCUGUCCUGCUCGUCGUGGCCCACUUCCCCGGGCCUCCGCUGGGAGAAAAGAUGGGUGGAUCUGCGCCUUCUACCGUUGCUGCACUCUCGCCUCUCCCAGCACGUGCCAGGCUCUGACGUGUGCAGGAACAAUGCUUUCCAAGUGGUUGCUGUGGACGGAGUGUGCAGUGGCGUGCUCCAAUUCCCCUCGGACGAAGACCGUUUGGACUGGCUUCAGGCUGUCGGUGGCAACAUCUCGGCCCUCACUAAGCACAACGUAAAGAAGAUCAACCGGAAUUUUCCAGUCAACCAGCAGAUCAUCUACAUGGGCUGGGCCGACGAGAAGGAGCAGGACUCCGUCCAGGAUCGAAUGUACUCGCCAAAGUUCCUUGCGUUGAGGGGUUCCUCUCUUUUCAAGUUUUCUGCUCCUCCAGUGACAACAUGGGACUGGACCAGAGCUGAGAAAAGCUUUACCGUCUAUGAAAUCAUGUGCAAGAUUUUAAAGGACAAUGAGUUGGUGGACAAGAGAAGGCAUAGCUUCAGUGUGCAGACCGAGAGUGGUGAGGACAUGUUUUUCAGCGUGGAGCUGGAGUCCGAGCUGCUCAUUUGGGAAAAGGCCUUUCAGAUGGCCACAUACCUUGAAGUAGAACGGAUACAAUCUAAAACGUACGCCUGCAUUAUGGAGAGCCACCUAAUGGGACUAACGGUAGACUUCAGUAUGGGCUUUGUGUGCUUUGACGCCGCUUCUAAGGCUGUCCUUUGGAGAUACAAGUUCUCUCAAUUGAAAGGCUCAUCAGAUGAUGGCAAAAGCAAGAUCAAGUUUUUAUUCCAAAAUCAAGACUCCAAAUCUAUUGAGGCAAAGGAGCUGGAGUUCUCCAACUUGUUUGCGGUGCUUCAUUGCAUUCACGCUUUCUUCGCCGCCAAAGUAGCGUGCCUGGACCCCAUGUUUGUGGAGAACCAGGCCACGGCGGCCAACGCUGGUAUUCCUUCACUAGCGAGCAUCUCAUGCAAUUCGCACACUCCCAAGUUGAAAUACAAAAACACUUGACGUAGCAGCUCUACUUUCGUCAUGACUGUAGUCUCUCAUGCUGGGAGGGUAAGGGAGAAUAAAGGACUCCGUGAGAGGUUUCGUUAGGACACUAGACACAGACUUCCUCAGGAAACUGCCUGAAAUCUUAUACAAAGCCUAUCUGUGACGUCUGAACAAGAAGCUCCUCACAAUAAGACUUCAUGGACACCAAGUGUGCAUUUAUUUCAACUUCUUUUUCAGCGGACCUACUCUAUUCUGACACAUAAUGCUACUUUUUUUCUUUUUUAAAUGAGCCUUUAUUGAGGAUUCCAAAUCUCCUGCAAAUACCUACACUAAACGAACAAAAUAUUUCAUCAUUCCCACAUUGGAAUUUUUCUGUGGAGUAUUGUUUCAUUGAGUCAUGACAGUGGAUGGUGUGCUGAAAAUCAUUCUUACAAUUAAAGCUACUAUCUCAUCAUUAUAACAUUGGGGUCAUUUCAUUCCAGGAUUGUUUCCAGUCAAAUAUUAAAUCGUCAAGAAAGCGCCUUUCAGUUUUUAUCAUUGAUGAGUCCCAAUAAUUUGUCUACAUAGUGUACGUAUGUCAAUAGCAGAGGUGGGUAGUAACGCGUUACAUUUACUCUGUUACAUUUACUUGAGUAAUUUUUUGAGAAAAAUGUACUUCUUAUGCCCCUUACCCACUGAAACUAAUGGGUCAACGCGCGUUUUUUCCAAGCCAAUGCAACCCACUAGCAAUUGUCAUUUGGCAUCUUUCCCAUUGACAAAAAAAAGCCGUGUCUUUCUUUUUUUUCCACCCGUCUAACCCCCUACCCCUCCUCAGUCAUGUGUAAGGUUACGUGACGUCACCACGCUAAGAUGCGCGUCGACACAAGUGUGACCGAAUUCAUUCAGUUCAAGGAAGUAAACAAUCCAGAGCAACAUGGAAGUCUCCUUUCCGUUUGUGUUCUCUGUUUUCAUGCUUUUUACAGCCCUCAAAAUGGUCGAAAUUGUUAUGAUACAUCACGUAAGAGCCAACACCACCACGUAGAUUAGGGUGUUGACUGUUGACCCGGGGUUUUGCUUUCACACUGCAUGACGAUCAGAGCCGAGGCGAUUUUAACGCGGGUCGCUUGGCGGGUUGAUUGACACGGGUCGAGGUGGGUCGGUGCACCUUUCCCACUGCCACCAAAAGCCGAUUGUUAGUGGGUUGACAUGGGUUUUUAGGCCAGUGGGAAAGGGGUAAGUUAGAGUAAUUUUACCACACAAUACUUUUACUCGAGUAGAUUUUUGAAGAAGAAACACUACUCUUACUCCAUUAUGAUGGGCUACACUAGAAAAAAAAAAAAAAUUGUUAACGACCGCAAACUGGCUUGUGCCUCUUGACUAAUCUUAGUAUAGAUUUGCAUACGUCGCCCUCUAGUUGGUAAUUUUAGUAAUGACGACCUCUAGUUGGCGGCCAUUACUGGUGUGUUUGCACACCUAUAGCAGCCCAAUGUCAGUCAAUGUAAACAGUAACGUAACAGCCUCUAGUUGGCCACCAUUACUGGUGUGUUUGCACACCUAUAGCAGACCAGUGUCAGUCAAUGUAAACAGUAACGUUAGCUAAGUGGGGAAAAGGCCACCUACUGAGCCAGAAGAGGAGUCUACAACCAAGUCUAUUCUGUAUAAUAUGUGGCUAAAAGCUAGCAAACGAGGCAACUAAAGUAAAUGCACUGAGCGCGUCAUACCUCGUGACGAAUCAUAUUGCUAAAGCCAAGAAACCUUUCACGAUUGGAAAAGAACUCAUUAUAUGCGACCAAGGAUAUUUGUCGUCAGGUUUUAGGAGAGACCGCUGUUUAUAAAGGUUGAUUCAGCUUUUUUAACCCUACUGUGUCAUUUUAUAUUUCCUAUUAUAUUUAUUUAUAUUUACUGUAAUUUUCUGCCACACAUUGCCGGUGUCAAGCCAAUGUAGGUAUCCCCAUCAGAAAGUGCUUUCCCUGGCUGCGGCCCUGUCCAAGGAUACAAACCAUCCUAACAAUACACAUACAGUACUGU